ACCGCUCCAUUCCAUUUCUACCCAACCAAACAGACCCUAAGCAAAGGGAAAACCAAUUUCUCCAUGUCUCAGGCAACCCCGUCGUGUCGGUCCCGCGUCCAAAGCCUCCUUGCCGGUGCUCCGGUAGUCGCGCACGAUGCUCCGCCGCGUGCCCCACUCCCUCCGCCGCGCCCUCGUCUCCUCCGCUUCCACACACCACGGCAGGGCACAAAUCCCGAACCCCAGCCACUCGCCUCCGCAGGCCCUCCUUCCUCAAUGGCGCCGUUACGCCUCCAUUGCUUCAUCCUCCUCGGCCCCGCCGCAGCCUCCAUCUCCGCCUCGGGGUCCGUCGCGGCCGGGCGGAGGCGCUCCCAGCGUAUCGUCUCUGAACCCCGCAGAGGUCGCCAAGUUCGCCGCCAUCGCCGAGACCUGGUGGGAUUCAAAUGGUCCAUUCAAACCUUUGCAUUUGAUGAAUCCUACCCGACUGUCUUUUAUCCGCUCCACUCUUUGUAGGUAUUUCAGGAGGGAUCCAUAUUCAUCUAAGCCACUCAAAGGUCUCAAAGUUAUUGAUGUUGGAUGUGGAGGUGGCAUUCUGUCAGAGCCUCUUGCUCGGAUGGGAGCUACAGUUACUGCUAUUGAUGCUGUUGACAAGAAUAUAAAGAUCGCAAGAAUUCAUGCGGCAUCUGAUCCGACAACUGCUUCCAUUGAGUAUUGCUGCACGACAGCUGAGGAAUUGGUAAAAGAGAAAAGAAUGUUUGAUGCUGUAAUUUCUCUUGAGGUGAUUGAGCAUGUCGCUAAUCCUUUAGAGUUUUGCGAGUCUCUCUCGGCUUUGGCAGUUCCUAAUGGUGCCACUGUGGUUUCCACAAUCAACCGGUCAAUGAGAGCAUAUGCCACUGCAAUAGUUGCGGCUGAGUAUAUCCUCGGAUGGCUUCCUAAGGGCACACAUGAGUGGUCCAAACUGGUCACCCCCGAGGAGCUUGCCCUAAUGCUGCAAAAGGCUUCUGUCUCUGUCGAAGAGAUGGCAGGGUUUGUUUAUAAUCCGUUGAGUGGAGAGUGGUCCCUGUCAGAUGAUAUCAGUGUGAACUACAUUGCUUUUGGCGUCAAGAAAAGCGGAACACCGUCAACUGAUGGUGCAGAAGCAAGGUUACCAUAGUUGGAGUAAAAGAACUGACCUUGAACUAUUGUACAUCGUUUUCAGAAGACAAUGAUGUCACUUGAAUACUACUGCUGCGGAGGCAACCAAAAUAGCAGAAGAGAAUUUUCCCUAUCGUUUUCUGUUUUGCCUCGAUAGAGGGGGACAUGGAGAGGAACCCUGUUGAGAAGUUGACAAAAGACAAGUCGCUAACAUGUAGCUUUGUUCUCACUGACUGUAAUACGAGCGCGCUUCAGACAGUUUUCUCAAUUUUGUGACGAUUACUCUUCUUCUAAAUAAAUACUACUACUCACUACUUGUACCAUAAAA